CUUGUCGAGGAAGAUGUAUUCCUGUGAUGCUUUUAACUGGGCCGUAAGAGUGAAAAAAGAACGGCGAGACGAUUCGUUUGAUGAAAACGAUUACAACGUAAUUGACGAGAAACCCAAUAUCCAAAAUAUUCAUUUUCCAAGAUAUCUGCGAGAUAAUUCAACCCCAUGGCUUCGAGAAAAUGACGAAAACUCUAAACUCGGCAGUGAGUUAAAAAUAGAAUUUGAAUGUGAAGACGUAAAGCUGGGCAAGAAUUUAUUAGCAGUUGAGAAAAUUGAGGAUUGUUCUAAAGAUGACAGUAACGAUUAUCAAAUUAAAAAAAAAAUUAAAAUAGAACCCGUGACUGAGAUGAAAAAAGAAGUGAAUCCUCAUUGCAACAAUGAACUCACCCAAACACGUGAUACACUUGAAGAGACAGUAACUCGAAAAAAUCAUCUAAAUCAGCCCGUCGAAUCAUCGCAUCGUAGUAUCACUCACGCAUGCGAUAAGUGCGGGAAAAAAUAUUCAAGUAAGAAUGUUUUGAAAGCACACAUUGAUGCGACACAUAAAGGUGUCAAAUAUGUGUGCGAUAUAUGCGAAAAGGAAUUUUCAGUCCGAUCCAAUCUCAUCCGGCAUGUCAAAGCUAUACAUCAUUGUUACCGUGUUACCCACGCAUGUAAUAUAUGCCAAAAGACAUACUUAGACAAGGGUAAUCUCAAAAAACACAUUGAUGUGGUACAUAAUGGUGUUACCCACGCAUGUGAUGUAUGCAGAAAGAAAUUUUCAACCAAGGGUAAUCUCGAAAGACACAUUGAUGUGGUACAUAAUGGUGUCACCCAUACUUGUGAUAUUUGCCAAAAGAAAUUCACAAACAAGAAUAAUCUGAAAUUACACGUCGAUAUAGUGCACAAUCGUGUCGCACACGCAUGUGAUGUUUGCGGAAAGACUUUUACACGUAAGAAUGUACUCGAAGGCCACAUUAGGGCGAGGCAUAGUGGCUUGACAUAUCCGUGCGAUGUUUGCAAAAAGGUGUUUUUAUAUCGAACCAAUCUCUAUAGACACGUUAGAUUGUCACAUAUGGGUGAUACUUAAGCUUGCCUUGCCACAAAUUAUUUCUUUAUGAAUGUUUAAAUUUUGAUUUCGAUUGGUCCAAAAACGACGAUAUACAAUUUCAUGUAUUUAAUCAAAAGACUUAUCUGAACAUUUUAAUGUACAAUUCUUCAAGCUUUGAAUUAUCUUAUUAUCCACAAGCAACGUCUAAGUUUAGAAAUAAAUGUUUUGGAAAAAAUAAA